AGGAAAUUAUCUCCUAAGCAAUGUCAGCAGGAUCAUCCAGAAUACUGGCCAAAAAGGUACCUCAGCGUGUUGUCGAUGUAGCGGAAGAAGUACAGGACUGGGAGAAUCAUAUUAUUCUUAGAUUUCCUGAUGAUGUCGCUGCAAAAGUCAGGAAAAUGAUUGACGAAUCUGGCGACAAUGACCUUGCCAUUGGGUUCCAUCCAGAUAUGCGAAAUGCAACCGUACAAUUUCAGCAGCAAAUCAUGUCUGCAAGGUUGUUUGAUCUACCUUGCGUUGUUGAGGUAAUGAAAACGAUUGACAAAAAGAAUGUUUAUAAAGUUGCGGAUGCAUCUCAGAUUAUGAUCUGUUCGCAUGACUUACAACCUAUCACAGAAAUAUCACUUCAAAACGAUACAUCAAAAUUGAAACGUGACAAAAUGUGGCAGUGGCCUCAUGGACUCACUCCGCCAAUGAAAAGUGUCAGGAAGCGACGUUUCCGUAAAACGAAAAAGAAAAAAUAUAUGGACGCACCUGAGGUUGAGCGUGAGCUCAAACGUCUCUUAAGAGCUGAUAUCGAAGCUAGUUCUAGUAGAUGGGAAAUCGUUACUCCUGAAGAAGAUGCUAAAAAAGUGGACACUCCUUCAGUUCUUGUAGAAACACUUGUUCUUGGAGAAAUCAGCAAUUCGGACGAUGAAGCAUCGCUAAAGGAGGUUGCACCUCUUGCUGUUGGAGCAUAUUUGUAGAGAUAGUUGCUGAAUUUCGAGAAUUCGAGUGACAUCGGUGUACGUAAAUAAUAUUUGUUCAUCCUAGGCGCAUUUAAACCAUUACCACACGAUUAUAGCAUUAUAGAUUAUUGCGUGGUGCUGAAAAUAUUACAUUUUGAAUGAACGUGCUACUUACUGUCUUUCAACGCUUACGAUUAUAUUCUCGUUCAUUAAAAGUAUUAGAUAGUUCAUCGCAUUUAAUGUGCCUUGCAUACGAUGUGAUUAUUUGUUCAAAAGUUGCUAACACCGUCUUCGGUUGCAGAUCAAGCAGCGACUCGAACUUUAUUUUGAUUCCAUUUCACGAACUGAUGAAUUUAUAUAGCUGUUUUCAUCUAUAUAUUCUAGCUUAAAUGCCUUUAUAGCUGUAUAUGGAGGUUUUUAAAAAAUGAUAUAAUAAAGUUCUGAAAUUAUUUUGCGGAAAUAGCUGUGCAAAGAAUAGCGUUGAUCUUUCGUCCAUUGCAUUAAUUUGUUUUUAAAUGUUAUGUAACGUGAGAUAUAUGUUCUCGUUUUCGCACUGAUGAAAAAGUAUAUACUAGUGUUUCCUUUUUAUGCUUGGUUUGUUAAUCAACAGUUGAUAGGGUCUGGGAUUGUAUUGGAAAUUAAUUUCUCUUCUGGUGGUUGUUCUUUUUUUCACUGUGAGAAUCUGUUAUAGUUUUCGGAAAAUAUUCUCUGAGUUUGUUCGGAU